AUGGCAGAAAAAGUAAGUGAUGGCCACCCGACCCUGCUUCAUGGGAAAUAUGAACUAGGUCGGUUACUAGGCCAUGGCACCUUCGCUAAGGUCUACCACGCGCGGCAUUUGCAAAGUGGCAAGAGCGUAGCUAUGAAGGUAGUUGGCAAAGAGAAGGUGAUAAAGGUAGGUAUGAUGGAGCAAAUCAAGCGAGAAAUUUCAGUUAUGAAGAUGGUGAAGCACCCCAAUAUUGUUGAGUUACAUGAAGUCAUGGCUAGCAAGUCCAAGAUCUAUUUCGCCAUGGAACUUGUCCGAGGCGGCGAGUUGUUCUCUAAGAUUGCUAAAGGUCGGUUAAGGGAAGAUGUGGCGAGAGUUUAUUUUCAGCAGUUGAUUUCUGCGAUUGAUUUUUGUCAUAGUCGCGGUGUUUAUCAUCGUGAUUUGAAGCCUGAAAAUUUGCUGCUUGAUGAAGAUGGGAAGUUGAAGGUUACAGAUUUUGGGCUGAGUGCUUUCUCUGAGCAUUUGAAGCAAGAUGGGUUGUUGCAUACAACUUGUGGGACGCCAGCUUAUGUUGCACCUGAAGUAAUUGGGAAGAAAGGGUAUGAUGGUGCUAAAGCCGAUAUCUGGUCUUGUGGUGUUAUCCUCUACGUGCUUCUUGCUGGGUUCUUGCCAUUUCAAGAUGAUAAUAUUGUGGCUAUGUAUAGGAAGAUCUAUAGAGGUGACUUCAGAUGCCCUCCAUGGUUCUCUUCUGAAGCUCGACGACUGAUUACAAAGCUUCUUGAUCCAAAUCCAAGCACUAGAAUCACGACAUCCAAGGUCAUGGAUUCAACUUGGUUCAAGAAAUCAGUGCCAAAGACAGUCAGAAGCAAAGAAGAGAUGGAAUUCGACGCUUUCAAUGGAGAAGAUGCAAAUGGAGACAAAUCAAAGCAACCUGAAACCCUAAACGCGUUUCACAUAAUAUCUCUAUCGCAGGGAUUUGAUUUGUCACCACUGUUUGAGGAGAAGAAGCGGGAGGAGAAAGAGGAGCUGAGAUUUGCCACAACAAGGCCAGCAAGCAGUGUCAUUUCAAGACUUGAAGAGGUGGCCAAGGCAGGGAAUUUCAAUGUCAAGAAGAGUGAUUCCAAAGUGAGAUUGCAAGGGCAGGAGAGGGGUAGGAAAGGAAAGUUGGCUAUUGCAGCUGACAUUUUUGCUGUCGCACCAUCGUUUUUGGUGGUGGAGGUGAAGAAAGAUAACGGAGACACUUUGGAAUAUAACCAAUUCUGCAGUAAAGAGCUGAGACCAGCCUUGAAGGACAUUGUUUGGACAUCUCCCGCUGAGAAUUCAACUCUUGCUUGA